AUACGCAUCCGUUUCGUCAUGUUUCAGGACAAGCCCGGGGCAGAGGCAGUCAGGCAGAGCAGGCAACUGCGCAGUAGUUGACCCAGCCAUCGAUGUGCAUAGCCUGACUGCCUGAUCAUCCCCUUCCCCCUCCCAAUCCCAUAAGCUGAACUGCUGGAGCACAUCUCGCUCUAUCCGUCUCCAUCCUCGAGGAGCAAGCAGGCAAGCAGGCAGCAAUGGCGCGGGAGAUCGAGCACACCCACCUCCCCAUCCGCGGGAUCAACAUCCACGUCGCUCAGGUCGGCAAAGGUGAGCUGGGGACGGUGGUGUUCCUGCACGGCUUCCCGGAGAUAUGGUACUCGUGGCGCCACCAGAUGCUGGCCGUGGCCGCCGCCGGGUACCGCGCCAUCGCGCCGGACUGCCGCGGGUACGGGCUCUCCGACCAACCGCCGGAGCACGAGGAGGCCUCCUGGGACGACCUCGUCGCCGACGUGCUCGCCAUCCUCGACACCUUCUCCAUCCCAAAGGCGUUUUUGGUCGCCAAGGAUUUCGGCGCCAUUCCGGCAUACGAGUUCGCGCUGCGGCACCCGGGCCGCACCCGCGGCGUGGCGUGCCUGGGCGUCUUCUUCAACCCUGCGCCCAUCUCCUUCGACGACAUGCCCGAAGGCUUCUACAUCCGGCGCUGGCGCGAGCCUGGCCGGGCGGAGGCGGACUUCGGCCGGUACGACGUGAGGCGCGUGGUGCGAACCAUCUACGUGCUCUUCUCCGGCGCCGAGAACCCGAUCGCCAAGGAAGGGCAGGAGUUCAUGGACCUCGCCGACCUGUCCACGCCCCUCCCGGAGUGGUUCACCGAGGAGGACCUCGACGCCUACGCCAAGCUCUACGAGAGGUCCGGCUUCCGCUACCCUCUGCAGAUGCCAUACAGGUCUUUACACAAGAUACCGAACCGGAUGGACGCCAAGUUCCAGGUGCCGGUGUUCAUGGUGAUUGGGGAGGAGGACUACGCGUUCAAGCUACCGGGGUUCAAGACCGCGAUGCGGAGCGGCGUCAUGGAGACCUUCGCGCCGGACCUGAAGAUCGCCUGCAUCCCCGAGGGGAGCCACUUCAUGCAGGAGCAGCUCCCAGAGCAGGUCAACGAGCUCCUCCUCGGCUUCCUCAAGGACCACCCCGUCGCCGCCGCGUGAGAUCGAUGCCACCGUUCGAGACCGAGAGGACAACAUUUUUAGCAGUUGAUUCACUACUGCCGUGUGAAUUUUUCUCGGUAAUAAAAAUGCACGUUGCUAGUACUUGAUCAUACUUGUAUGUUUUCUGCGUCCCCGUUCUUUCUGGGGUGCCGUGUUUUUGUCGGUAAUAUAGAAAUUUGCUUGGCCGAUGCGUUGGAGGAUGCUCCAGCCAUGAUGAUUACGUAAAGGUCGUGGUGAUCAUUUGCAGGUUUCAUACAAGUGAAAGUGAAAGCCAAAGACUACCGACAAUAGUGUUUAUUUUCAGCUUGUCUAGAUUGAAAAGAAUGCACAUAACUUUCCUGCAAUUGGGCAGUUUUUCUCCUUUUUGUCAAA